CGUCGUGGGACGAGCGGUAAAAUGCAUGAGAAAGGACUGGAGAGAAAGACGAGUAGGACUAAGUUCUAUUUAUUGUGAAUGGUUUUAGGCCAACACCGCACCAUAGUUUACACGAGAGUGAGGACAAAAAUCAUGGCACAGCAAGCAAGUGAAAGAGCAGAGUCAAAGCCACACAAACUCAUAGACAUUAUCAGGGAGAAAAUAGAAAAGAAUGAACAGUUUUUCUCAUUGGAAUUUUUCCCACCAAAGACUUUCAAUGGAGCGACAAAUCUCAUGGCAAUUAUUGGCAGAUUGAAUGAACAUUGUACACCUCUGUUCUGCAACAUCACAUGGAAGCCAUCUCAAGACCCCAUGUCAGACACCUGUCAACCAGAACCAAGCACCCUGUUGGUUUCUGCGGCAGCAAUAGAUUUAUAUGGACAAAAUAUUAUGAUUCACAUUCCAUCUGGAAACACUACACGGAGCCAGGUAUUGGCACAUCUUACACGCGCUAAAAAUCUUGGCAUUGGAAGUGUUCUGGCAAUAAAAGGAGAUAGAAGCCAUGAGGGAGAACAUGGACCCAAAGAGGAUGGCUUUGAUUACACUGUUGACCUUGUCAAAUUUAUCGGAAGUGAAUUUGGAGAUCACUUCACAGUAGGAGUCGUGGGAUAUCUGAUGACGUCAUCUGAUGUGCAGAGUUAUGAAGAAGAUCUGAAGCAUCUCAAAGCACAGGUUGAUGCUGGUGCAGACUUCAUCAUUACGCAGAUGUUCUUUGAAGUGAAAACUUUUAUCAAGUUUGUUGAGGAUUGUCAAAGAUAUGGAAUUAAUGUGCCAAUUAUUCCAGCCAUUUUCCCAAUCCAGAACUUUAAUUCUCUGCGCCAGUUGAAGCGAUUGUCUCGCGUGGAAAUCCCACAAUGGUUGUUGGAUACACUCACUCCAAUGAAAGAUGACAGCACAGCUGUCAUGAAUUACGGAAUCAACUACGCCACCGAAAUGUGCAAGCAGUUAUUUGAAAGCGGCCAUGUCCACGGUUUGCACUUCUACACUUUAAACCGAGAGACCUCCAUCACGGAAAUUCUGGAAAAAGCUGGCAUGUUCCCCAAGGAGGACGAGCCAGAUUCAAGCAUGCGCAGACUUCCCUGGAUGCAGGGCCCCGCCCAUGCGAGAAGAGGGAGGAUGGAGUUGGUCCGUCCGAUCUUUUGGACGUCAAGACCUCGUAGUUAUAUGAUCCGUACGUCUAACUGGGACGAGUUUCCGAAUGGGAGAUGGGGAGACUCUAGUGCGGCGUCUUUUGGAGAGCUUAAGGAUUACCAUCUAGUUUUGUUGGGCACACACAAGAGUAAAGAAGAUUUGCUGAACAUGUGGGGAAGAGAGCUGAACAGUCCUGAAGACGUGUUUGAAGUGUUUGUGUGCUACUUAACUGGCAAGGAAAACAGACAUGGUUUCAAGGUAACAGAAUUACCUUGGAAUCAGGAUGAACUAGCAUCAGAAACAUUGCCAUUUGUUGAUAAACUUGCUCAUGUCAAUAGAAACGGCAUUCUUACAAUAAACAGUCAACCCAAUGUGAAUGGUGUACCUUCAACAGAUCCCGUGGCUGGAUGGGGGCGGCCUGGAGGUUACAUCUUUCAGAAGGUGACCACCUAAUUUUUCAGUUGUUUAGUACCAGCAAUGGCAUCAAACACAGUUUAAUUAGUAGUUAAACAUUAUGCGUGUUCUCUGGUAUUUCUACAAAAUUUUGAAAACCCAGAGGAAUAACAACUUUUUCUUUUACACGGUUGUUGUGUGAUGUGACAUUGAAUGAUAAUCGACAACCUUACAAAAAUUGCUUUCGAAAUCUUCAGUUUAUCUUCGGGCAUCUUCCAAAAUCUUUGCAACGCAACGCAACGCAACGCAAUUUAAGCCCGGAACAAUAUUUUCUUUUUCGGAGGCUCUAACACAGACGAAACGAAGCGAAACGAAAUGAAAUGCAACGGUCACCUGUUGAAUCUUUGGGGAUCCAAAAAUAGUUUUCGACAAAAAUCUUUUAAGCUCGUUUUCUGAGUUAUUAUAUAUUCAUUUGUAACGUACAUGAUGCUACG